AUGGCGGGCAGGACACAGCCAUGGAAGUGCAACAGUUGUGGCAACAUGGUCAAAGGAUCACAGACUUUUUGUGGUCUUUGUGGGCAGCCGUGGUACGCCUACACCGCCAAGGAGGACAGUUGGUCGAGCGCGCCCUGGCGUUCACAAGCAAAGUCACCACGCAGGCGAGUUUCGCCGCGCAGAAGGCAACCAGAUCCAGGAACAGCUUCCACGGUGCCAAAGGCACCAGCGAAGGGAGGCAAGGGUGGCAAACCACACACACCACAGGCACCGCAAGCAGCGCAGCUGCCUCUGCCUCCAGAACCAGAGGUUGGACCUGGACCAAAGGCCGUGAGUGCCCCAGCGCUGCCACCCCAGCAGACAGAGGAGCAAAAGUUGCUAGCGCAACUAGCCGCCCUUGUCCCUGCAGAAAAGAUGUCCCCGGAUUUGCAAGCAAAACUAGGUGCUCUGAACACAGGCCAGGCUUCCGUGCAGGGGAAAAUCCUGCACAAGCUGGUCUCCGCGCAGACAGAGGUGCGCAAAGAACUAGAAGCCAUUCGCACGCAGAAAGCUACAUAUGCCAGCAAUUGGGAAGCAUACCUGCGCUCCAUAGAGGAAUUGCUGCAACAACAGUUCAAGGAGAGAGCAGUGGCUAUGGAAGACUUUGCGCAGGUAGAGACGCAAUGGGCAUCCAAGCUCGCCUCGGUUUCGGCGCAACUUGCCGCUGCAACCACUGGCGAGACUCCGGAAGGCAUGAUCGACUUGACAGAGGACGAGGUGGCAGAAGCCGCAAAAGCAGAGAGCGAAGUACGCAUGGACGUAGACAGGGAGACCAAAGCCGUCGAGGCGCGUCAGCAAUGCCUGACAACGGCCUUGAACACAGCCCUCAAGGAUGCAUCCGAGUCGGCAGCAAAAGCAGCGAACGAUGCAAGGGAGCGCACCCCCAGGCGCUCCAGGAAAAGCGAACCAGGGGAAAAGACAGACGAGUCGCCCCCUGGCUAG